AUGUCUGAAUACAUCUCAUCACAAAAUAAAUCUAAUGAUUAUAGUAAAGAAUUGCCAUUCUUUCAUAGAUUUAGUAAAGGAACAUAUAUUAGAGAAAAUAACCAGAUAGAAUUAGUGGAAUUUAACACACAGGGUAAUUUUAUUUCCUACAAGAUAGAUGACUCACUUAAAAUACUAAACUUUAAUGAUUUUAGUAUCAAUAAUUUUAUAACAGUAAAAAUGAAUUGUUAUAAGUUCUUUCAAGAAAAUACUCUUUUACAUUCCUUAAAUAAUGAAAUAUUUUAUUUGAGUGUCUACACUAAUGAUUAUACUGCUAAGUUUGACUGUAAAUCUCCCAUAUCUGCAAUAAGUGUUGAUUCUUACAAUGAUUUAUUUAUGGCUAGUUGUGUCAAUAACUUUAACAUUUUUGAUAUUCGUUAUCAAAACCCUACAUUGAUAUUUAAAGAUUUUUCAGAGGAUUCAAUUGGUUCAAUUAACACAGAUAAAAAGUGUGUUAUCAUGGAUUAUAAUCAACUGAGAAUUUAUGACUUUAGACAACCCAUAAAACCAGUUAUCAAAAAGAAUAUUAAUGUUAACGGAUUGAUUUCAAAUGUUAAAUAUACACCUGAUAACGACAAAAUAAUACUUCAGUCUCAAUUUUUCUAUAAGUGUUUAGAUAUACAGGGUAAUUUACUUAAUACAAUAACUUUUGAGAAUCCUUAUAGCGCCGAUGUUACUCCUUACUCAACAGAGUUGAUAUGCUGUUCAGGUAACUACUUACAUGCUUAUAAAAUAAAGGAUGGUAAUAAAUUAGAUACUAUUGACAUUGGUAGUAAUAAAUAUCAUACAUUAUUGCAUGAUCCAAGUGGAUCAUCUGCAAUUGUAUUAGCUGCAGAUAAUCUAUUAACUUCAUUCAUUUAUUAA